UUGCGGUAUAUAAUUAUAGUCUUGGGUGUAUGGAGCGUUCUUGGCCUAGAACAAGAAGCCACUACUUUAAAUAACAACAGCCAACAGCAUAUUGAUAUGGCACCAAGUACCAGAAGAACACUGCAUCUCAAUGCAUUUGCCUAUUCACUCACUACAUUUGGAGCAAGUCUAAUGACAGGUGUAUUUAGUUUUUAUUACGUAAAGUUGUUCCUCAAUAAAUAUGGAAUAUCUGAAUCAUGGUUUCAAAUUUCUCAAGUAAUAUAUCUUCUGUGGAACGCCAUCAACGAUCCUUUGUUUGCCUACUUACAGGACAGCUCUAAUAUUGCGGUUUUCCGGCAGCGUAAAUUAUCCAUUCUCUAUGGUGCGCCAAUUUUUGUGAUUUCUUUUCUUUUUCCCUGGUUUCCAUGGCGUGAUUACGAAAAGAAUGACUGGCUUUGUGGGGUUCACUUGAUGGUCACGUUGUCUUUUUAUGAUGCGCUUUUUACAUUUGUUCUCCUUGCCCAGUGCGCAUUAUUUGCAGAGAUUUCCACAAAGUAUGAAGAUCGAAUCCUUUUGACAAACUGGAGCCAAAUUGCUAAAACCCUUGGAGCAUCGAGUGUGUUUUUUACAGAAUUUUUUUCUGAUAGCAUGCAUAAUUUUCGUGCUUUUCAAAUGUGUUGCGUAGUCAUUGCAUUGAUCAGCUGGUUAGCGAUGACUUUCUCAGCAAGGAAUGUGCACACGCAUCAGGAUGCCAUGUUCGAGAAACACCAGGCAGAGUCGUUGCUUGAACCAGAUAACGCCAAGUUAUCCAUCUUUCAGUGUUUUAAACAGAUCUGUUGUGACAAGAAUUUUCUUUCUUUUAUCGCGACCAAUUUUCUUAUGGUUUUUCACUUGCAGUACCUUGUCAGUUUCAUUGCGAUUCUCGGAGACCAACUUAUACCAGAUGAAGAUCUCAGUAAUUUCUCUCGUAAAUCUAUAUAUGGGUCCACACAAAUACUUCCACAGAUUUUGGUUUUGCUAUUGAGUUCGACAGUGGCAAGAAUAGGAUACUACCGAGUAAUGCUGUACUCAUUUUACUCCAAGCUCAUCUUGUCUUCCAUUAUGUUUCUUAUCGGACCUCAACAUACUUGGUUUAUUGCCUUGUUCUUGCUUUUCGAUAGCGGUUUUUCAAAUGCUGUGUUUAAUUUUGCAAAUUUACCAUUGUCAGACAUCAUUGACGAAGAUCAACAGCGAUACAACCGCAAAAGUCCUUUAUCAUCUUCAGUGUUUGGUUUCAACGCUCUUUUUACCAAACCAGCCCAGUCUUUCGCACCAAUGCUGAUUGUCAGUAUCCUAAAUAACCAUGGUUAUAAUGAAAUGAAGGAUGGCAGUGCCACAAGCACCCAGCUCAGCGAUCUUCGUUAUUCAAUGUUCUGCAUUGUCUGCUUCAUUCCUACCGUUAUCGCGGUUUUACAAGUACUGGUGUGGAAACCAUACUCGUUACGUGCAAGCCAUAAAGUUAUACCGGUUCAUCUAGAUAGUUAAAAGGGAGUUUUCGCAAGCUUAUGAAAAUGAUAACGAAUACGGUUUACAUCAUUAAAUUUUUAGACAGUAGCCUAUCUGUCAUAACGUUGGCGAUUCAUGCCUUUCGCAUGAACCAAGCGUCAUAUUCAGCUCCUACCGCAUAUUGUCAAGAAUUUUUUAGGCACGAAUGACGAUAAUGAUAAUGACGUAUUCAUAUUCCUUUUUGUAAGAUUACAAAAUCUCCCAAAUGCCUGGGUUAGCUCAUUGUCUGUUACACAUAUAGUGCAAUAUGGCCUAUGUACACGUUAAAAUCAGGCUUCGUAGGAAAACUUUUUUUUGAUAUGUUAUAGAACUGAUUUUUCUAAGACAGAUAAAAAUUUGUUUGACGAAAAACUUGUGAAUGGUUAAUGAGGUACAAAUUUUUGAAUAU